AUUAGAAAAAAAACAAAAAGAAAGAAAGAAAAAAGGCAUGAAGCAAAAGAAAUUGCAAAGGCAAUGAGUGAAUGAAUGGCGCACUCUCCGAUUUAUUAGGGUUUUGUUUUUUGUUUCUAUUUAUUAUUUGUUCUCCGAAUAACACGCCCACCAAAUAUCCCCCCUUCCUCCAUCAUCAUCAUUUCUAUCAUCUCCUUGAAACCCCAUCAUCGUAACACACACAUUGAAAGAUUGUUGAAUUUACUGCGGGGUUACAAAAAACAUAGCUAAAACGGGGUCCCUCUGUUGUGUGGCCGCUAGGCCACAUGGGUCCAAUGCGGUUAGCCAAGAUUGGUCCAUGGGUCCACAUGAGCCUUACUGGAGAACCAACACCAGCUUCUCACCCCCUCCACCUACAUGGGAUUUUCGCUUUCAAAACGAGGGUCAAUCUUUCGGUUCUCAAGAGGGUAGUCGUUUAUUUGGUUCUUCCAUGUCUACCGACAGUAGAGGAAGUAGGAGCUGGUUAAGAGGGAAUUAUUUACCUAAUCAUCGCCAUUCUGUUUCUGACGGAACUGGGGUGUUUUUUAGUAGUCCGUCCGACUUGUCUCCAGCACAGCAAUGGACUCCUCCUGCUAUUCAACAAAUCAGGCUUGAUGAUUAUGCUACUUCUUCAAAAAGAGUUUUGGGACAGCAAUCCUUUUCGCCUACUUCUGAGGGACUUUCCGCUCCCCAUGAUGGCAGAGCUUCCAUUUCUUCUAAUUCUGACAGUAGUGAUUAUGGCCCAACAACCAAAUCACUGUCUUCCCACCAUAAUUAUACUGCUCGUGGUUGCUUCAUGUCCAAAGCUGUUCACCCUUUGGCCGUUUCAGCUGAAACAAACCCCUCCAGACUUGAUGAUCCCAACGACACCCUUCCUUGUGACUAUGACUUUUUAGAAAUUUCUGGACCAAUGGAACCCGAUACCCUCAACAGAUCCAAUGGUCACAAAUGCAACCUAUGUGAGCGUUUUCUUUCCCAAAGAUCGCCAUGGAGUUCUCGCCAGAUAAUCAGAAGUUUAGAUAUGCCAGUCACAGGAGUUCUUUCAUGCCGCCAUGUCUUCCAUGCUGAAUGUUUGGAUCAAACAACACCAAAAACACACAAAGGUGACCCUCCGUGUCCUAUAUGUGCUAAAACUGAAGCUAAAAACUCUCUUGAUCAACGGGUUGUGUCAAAAUUGAAAAAUGGGUUCCCACGGGUCAAACCGUUUCGUGAAGAGGGACCAUCUAGAACAUGGGGAUGUGCACAAGCGGGAAAUUGUGUUGAAGGGGCUCUGACUACACCAUCACGUAAUGCUAUGUUGCUACUGAACAGAAAUCGGAUUAAAAAGAGUCUUUCUCUGAAGAAAAGUGGCUCAUGUUCACCUCAAUCGAGUGGUGGUGAUGGGGUCGGGUCUUCAAAGUCAGCUUCAAGCUCAAGAAAGAAGUCAUGAAGUGGUAAGUCAUGUGUAUAUAACUGUUAACCAUAAAAUUAGUUCUGUGAAAACUGGUGGUUUUGAUUAUUAACUUAUAGUAAGACCGCCCCAAAAUUGAUCUCAUUGGGUGCCGUUUUCCUGAUUUUAUAAUGUCAUUGUAAAAUUUCAUAUCUAAUUGCCAACGUUUGGUAGUCUGGUCCCCCUUAAGGUUAUGUUAUGUAUACGCAAGAUUUAUGUAAAUGGUUAUGAUGUUCUUAGAAAUCACUUAACUCAC